UAUGACAAAGAGUCUGUUAAGGACCACUGCCCAGCAUUUAAGGAGGGCUGCCCUUAUUCCAAGAUUGCACAAGAUCUCUUCUUAGAGGAACUGGAAAAGUGCCCCGAGUUCCAAAAGGGUUGCCCCUUCAAAGGUGCUGACAAUGUGAAGGAGGUGCUGGAGGAACUUUCUAAGAUGCCAGAAUCAAAGCACCACACAGGUUCAGCACAUGAGCAAUUACUAAACAUGCUAAAGGCUAUCCAUUCUGAGUCAAAAAGCUUGGAAGAAAAAGUUGGAGAAUGCCCUGUUUUCCAAACAAAGGAAGGCUGCCCAUUUAAGGAUGCCAGCAAAGAAGGGAAGCCUCUGAUAGAGCCACCUAGUGAUGUCCUG